UUGCAGCGCUUUGCUUGAGGAAGCCACACGACACCCUUUAGUACCUGGAAAUCCUAUAGCUCCAUCCAUCUGCUGCAGAGUGAGAAAGAUGGCGUCCAGAGCAGCAGCGGCCCUCGUCGUCGUGGCCUUGGCCUGCGCCGCCGUCCAUUCGGCAGCGGCGGGGCUCUCGCCGGACUUCCACGCGGUGUCCUGCCCAGACCUGGAACACAUCGUCAAGUACCACGUUGCCGAGGCCUUCCGCAAAGACGUCGGCGUCGCCCCCGCCCUCAUCCGCAUCCUCUUCCACGACUGCUUCCCGCAGGGCUGCGACGCCUCGGUGCUCCUAACCGGGAAUAACAGCGAGCAGGGGAUGGGGCCCAACCUGACGCUCCGGCCGGUGGCGCUCAACCUCAUCGAGAGCAUCCGCGCCGCCGUGCACCGCGCCUGUGGCCGGACUGUCUCCUGCGCCGACCUCACCGUCCUUGCUACCCGCGACUCCCUCGUGCUGGCUGGCGGACCCCACUUCGACGUGGCUCUGGGCCGACGUGACGCGCUAGCCCCAGCGUCGCAGGACCUCGUCUUCACCCUACCGGCGCCAUCCUUCACCGUGCCGGAACUCCUCAAGUCCUUCGGCGACCGGAACCUCGACAAGGCGGACCUGGUGUCCCUCUCUGGCGCGCACACCUUCGGCAUCGCCCACUGCUCCUCCUUUUCCGACCGCUUCACGCCGGACGUCGAUACCAACCCGGCAAUCGACCCCAAUUUCGCCGCCAAGUUAAAGGCCAAGUGUGCCAAGGACGUGCCUGCGGGCACCGUCAACCAGACCCUCGAUGUGCGUACGCCGGACGUGUUCGACAACAAGUACUACUUUGAUCUCAUCGCCAAGCAGGGCCUAUUCAAAUCGGACCAGGGCCUCAUCGUCCACCCCGACACCACGCGUAUGGCGACGCGGUUCUCACUCAACCAGGGGGCGUUCUUGGAACAAUUCGCCAAGUCCAUGGUGAAGAUGAGCAACAUGGACUUGCUCACCGGCAGCCAGGGCGAGAUCCGGUUCAACUGCGCCGUCCCCAACAGCCGUGUCGAGGGUAUUGAGACCGCCAGCGACGAGGGCCAUGCCGCCGCCAUGUAAGCGAUUGGUUAGUCGCCGUGCUUGCUGAAGUGUGUGAGCGUGUCUGUGCUACAAUCGUCUCAUGGUGCUAGUGGUUUUGUGUAGUUGUGGUGUCGUAAUAAAAUGAGUGAUCAGACAUCAUGCCCCAAGUAUAUGAGUCCUACCAUAUCAGUGUGAUCACCAUACAUCGUAAAAUAUGUCUUUGGCUAUGGUUCCAGAAAUGCUACCUCGGUCACAGUCA